AUGAGGUUUGUAGAUGACCGCCCAGGAAAGUCAAAACAAGCAUCUACACACCUGAGGCCAAGCAAAGACAAAACAAGCCACAACACACCUGGGGCCAAAGACAAACCAAGCCACAACACACCUGAGGCCAAAGACAAACCAAGCCACAACACACCUGAGGCCAAAGACAAACCAAGCCACAACACACCUGGGGCCAAAGACAAACCAAGCCACAACACACCUGGGAAGAAAGAGAAACCAAGCCACAACACACCUGGGGCCAAAGACAAACCAAGCCAUAACACGCCUGAGGCCAAAGUCAAAACAAGCCACAACACACCUGAGGCCAAAGAGAAACCAAGCCACAACACACCUGGGGCCAAAGAGAAACCAAGCCACAACACACCUGAUGCCAAAGUCAAAACAAGCCACAACACACCUGGGGCCAAAGAGAAACCAAGAAACAACACACCUGGGGCCAAAGACAAACCAAGCCACAACACACCUGGGGCCAAAGACAAACCAAGCCAUAACACGCCUGAGGCCAAAGUCAAAACAAGCCACAACACACCUGGGGCCAAAGAGAAACCAAGCCACAACACACCUGAUGCCAAAGUCAAAACAAGCCACAACACACCUGGGGCCAAAGAGAAACCAAGCCACAACACACCUGGGACCAAAGACAAACCAAGCCACAACACACCUGGGGCCAAAGACAAUCCAAGCCACAACACACCUGGGGCCAAAGACAAAACAAACCACAACACACCUGAGGCCAGAGACAAACCAAGCCACAACACACCUGGGGCCAAAGACAAACCAAGCCACAACACACCUGGGGCCAAAGUCAAACCAAGCCACAACACACCUGGGGCCAAAGACAAACCAAGCCACAACACACCUGGGGCCAAAGACAAACCAAGCCAUAACACGCCUGAGGCCAAACCACAACACACCUGGGGCCAAGAGAAACCAAGAAACAACACACCUGGGGCCAAAGACAAACCAAGCCACAACACACCUGGGGCCAAAGACAAACCAAGCCAUAACACGCCUGAGGCCAAAGUCAAAACAAGCCACAACACACCUGGGGCCAAAGAGAAACCAAGCCACAACACACCUGAUGCCAAAGUCAAAACAAGCCACAACACACCUGGGGCCAAAGAGAAACCAAGCCACAACACACCUGGGACCAAAGACAAACCAAGCCACAACACACCUGGGGCCAAAGACAAAACAAACCACAACACACCUGGGGCCAAAGACAAACCAAGCCACAACACACCUGGGGCCAAAGUCAAACCAAGCCACAACACACCUGAGGCCAAAGACAAACCAAGCCACAACACACCUGAGGCCAAAGACAAACUAAGCCACAACACACCUGAGGCCAAAGACAAACCAAGCCACAACACACCUGAGGCCAAAGACAAACCAAUCCACAACACACCUGAGGCCAAAGACAAACCAAGCCACAACACACCUGAGGCCAAAGACAAACUAAGCCACAACACACCUGAGGCCAAAGACAAACCAAGCCACAACACACCUGGGGCCAAAGUCAAACCAAGCCACAACACACCUGAGGCCAAAGACAAACCAAGCCACAACACACCUGAGGCCAAAGACAAAGUAAGCCACAACACACCUGAGGCCAAAGACAAACCAAUCCACAACACACCUGAGGCCAAAGACAAACUAAGCCACAACACACCUGAGGCCAAAGACAAACCAAUCCACAACACACCUGAGGCCAAAGACAAACCAAACCACAACACAACCUGA